AUGUUGAAGCCAGAAGUGAGCGCUGCUGAAGCUCAAUCUAAGCGCCGCCGUCGAGAGGACCCGGAAGUGCGCGACGCCGAGGCAGAGGCUCAUCGCCGCCGCCGAGAGCAGCCAGGAGUGAGCGCCGCCGAAGCGGAAGCCAGAAGCCGCUAUCGAGAGGACCCGGAAGUGCGCGACGCCGAGGCAGAGGCUCAUCGCCGCCGCCGAGAGCAGCCAGGAGUGAGCGCCGCCGAAGCGGAAGCCAAGCAAAAGGCAAGGAUCGCUAAGCCUGACGGUGCAACAAAAAUUUUCCAACGGCUGUUUAGAGACAACCCGUUUGGGAGCGUAUGUUCAGUCUGUGACCGGCUCUGGUUCCAAAACGACUUGCAACCGCUACCGGACAGAUGUCACGAGACCCUAGAGCAAUCAUUUCCAAACUCGGACCUAACCCAAUUCAAACUGUGCUCGACCUGCAUACAAUCAGUGCACAAGGGUCAUAUUCCUCAUCUUUCCUCAAAUAACGGUUAUGUAUAUCCCCCGAAGCCAGCCCACCUCCCACAAUUGAACGCGGUGAGUGAGAGACUCAUAUCUCCACGAAUUCCUUUCAUGCAACUGCGACGGCUGAUGCACGGUGCAGGUCAACACGGCAUUAAGGGACCAGUAGUGAACGUCUGUGUUGAUGUGGACGACAUGGUGACAAUGUUGCCUCGUGCCAUCGAACAAGACCGAGCCCUCAAUGUACAUUUGAAGCGGGGCAUGCUUGCGAAGACGACCUACCUGGCAGGGGCAGUAAAAAAAUGUGAUCUGCUGCCGUGGCUUAAGCUGCUGUGUGAUAGCACGCUGUACAAGCAUUAUAAUAUAAAGUGUGAUUUUGCCCGUUUGGGCGAUAUCGUAGAAGUGGACGAACACGACGAGAUCGAGUUGCUCCCGCAAUGCUCAGACCUCAACGAUCCGAUCCAAGUGGCUACAGCCAUGACUCUGGCUCAGCACACUCUCGUAUGGGACGAAGACAAGUUUCUAGCGAUUGCGCCAGGUGAGGGAAAAAGGCCCGUGAGCAUACUUUAUGACGAACACUCAGAGGAGCUUUCGUUCCCACAGAUCUAUCUCGGUGAGCCGCGCCGAGUAGAUGCCAGCGCAAAACCGACAGUCUUCACACACGCCAUGAGUGAGAUCCGCAGAUCAGACCGUCGAGGGGCCACCCCGCAGCACGUACUGUACAUGGCCAUGAAAGUGUUUAGGCACCGAGUAGCCGGUGACAUGUGUGUGGCCUUCCGUAACAUAAAGGCACUGGAAACACUAACGAAGCAACAGUUGCUCGACAAGGAUUUUGUGCAGCAAGCGGUCGAGCACGACAUGGCUUUCAUGCAUGGUAUUCCCAACACCGUGCAGUACUGGACAAAACGCAAGAAAGACCUCUUUGCUAUGAUACGGCAGUUGGGUAAGCCGACCGCGUUCCUCACUCUUUCUGCCUCGGAAAUGCACUGGCCCGACCUUUUGCAGUUGCUUCAACGCCUUCGGUUGAAGCCCGGCGAGAUCGAAGUACCACUGGAGCAAAUGAACAGCAUUUAUCGAGCACAGCUAGUAAAUGACGAUCCCGUGGUCUGUGCCAUAUAUUUCGACCGAUUGGUGCGUGUCAUUCUCAACAUUCUCCGCAACACCCGUGUAUCGCCUUUUAGGCCGUACAUAGUCGUCGACUACUUUAAGCGGAUCGAAUUUCAGCACCGCGGGUCGGCACACGCGCACAUUCUCCUUUGGCUUCAUAACGCGCCCAACGAGGAGCUCUCGAUGCUCAUGCCCCAGACUCUUGAAAUAGCCAACGUUCUGCUUUCCAUCGACAACGGAUGCUUGAAGCGGGAGCGGACUCAGGUGCACCAACACACGCAUACCUGCUACAAGCACAACACCACCAAAUGCCGCUUUAACGCGCCUUUUAUGCCCAUCGAUGAAUGUAUGGUCGUAGUGCCUUUCCCCACUGUGGACAAUGAAGCGCAGAAGAAGAAAAUCGAGAGCCUCCUAAACAAGUACGAGGCCAUGCAUCAGGCCCUGGAAACGACAAAUUAUGACUCCAUGGAGCAGUUUUGGGAACAUCACGGUGUCGCGGACAAGGCGGAGUACAUUUCUGUUCUCCGAGCAGGCACUCCUCGUGCCACCAUCAUGCUACCCCGUACUGUGCAGCAAAAGUGGGUGAAUUACUUUAACCCAUGGGUUUCGGGCGAUCUCAGCGAAGAGAUCAGAGCGGCCAGAGGAGUCAAACAGGGAGACCCGUUGUCGCCGCUUCUCUUCAACCUUGUUGUUGAUGGACUCCUUCGGGAGCUACCGGCCAUUAUUGGAUUCAGGCUGGGAGAAACCAUGAUUAAUGCGAUGGCUUUUGCGGAUGAUCUGACACUAGUUGCAUCGACAAGGGGAGGUCUGCAGGAGCUGCUGAAUCAGUCAGAGGCCUACUUCAAAGCAAGAGGCCUCAGCUUCAACCCAGAGAAAUCUUCUACGCUGUCUCUGGUGCCUUCAAAAAGGCAGAAAAAGACCAAGGUCGAGCAACAACCAUUUCAGAUAGCAGGAUCAGACAUCCCAACACUUGAUUGCGUCGCAUCAUGGAAGUACCUGGGUGUACUCUUCAACACAAGGGGACGGAAGGUGCCGUUGACGGGGGAGCUGAUUCCACUCCUCGAGCGACUUUCUACUGCGCCGCUCAAACCUCAGCAGCGUCUCGUGUUGUUAAAGCACUACCUGCUACCGAGGUUUUACCACAGAGGGACGUUUUCACAUGUAACAGCGAAGUUACUGCGUCGCCUCGACACCUGUGUGCGGCUAAGAAUCCGCGGGUGGUUACGGCUACCUCAUGACACCCCGGUGGGCUAUUUUCAUGCACCGGUGGAGAGUGGUGGGCUUGGGAUCCCUGCCUUGCGGCAUACGCUGCCAAGGCUCAAGAUACAAAGAAUGGCCAUGCUUAGGAUGAGUGAUGUUCCUGCAUGUGGAGACGCAGUGAAAUGUCCAGCCCUCAAACUAGAAGAACAGAAGGCAAUGAAUCUGCUUACAGUGAAUGGAACAACAGCAAAGGACGUGAAGGACCACUGGGCAGAACUCCUUCACAAUUCAGUGGAUGGAGCGCACAUGAGAACGUGCAAAGAGGUGCCCGAAUCUCAGCAAUGGGUCUCGGAUGGCACCCGCCUUUUGAGUGGCAGGGAUUUCGUCGACUGUGCGAAGCUGCGGAUCAAUGCGAUUCCGACGCUGGCCAGGACCUCUAGGGGUCGGAACCAAGACAUUUCUUGUAGGGCAGGAUGUCGCCAAAAUGAGACGCUGGGGCACGUCCUGCAGCAGUGUGAGCGCACUCACGGUGAAAGGAUCAAGCGACACAAUGGUAUUGUCGACUACCUGUGCAAGAAGUUUAAGGUGGACAAGUGGUCGGUCGAACGGGAACCCUGUAUAAAUACGAAGGAAGGGACCCGCUUUCCGGACAUUGUGAUCCGGAAAGGUGACCGUACGGCCAUUGUCGAUGUACAGGUUGUGGGCACGAGCACCCCACUGGAAACAGCCCAUAGAAGGAAACAGAAUUAUUAUGCGAGGAACGAUGAGGUUGUAGCCUAUGCCAAAGCUGAUAGGAGUGGAACACCCAUCGUCACCUCCUGUACAGUGUCGUACAGAGGGGUGUGGUCAACAUCGUCCAGGGCCGACCUCCAUGGGCUGGGUGUCACCAAAGCGGACACGAAACGGAUGAGUGUGCGAGCGCUGCAAGGGUCGCUGGCCAUAUUUGGUGUGUUCCGGCGUUCUACGUCCCGGACAAAGAGGGCCUGA